UCCCCCGACUUCUUCAAUCCCCAAUUCGAAUUCUUGGAUCUGAAUUUCACCGAAUUUUGAUCUCCAUGGCGAGUUCUGAAGAAUCGAGUCCUCUUCUGCCAAGGCAACAAGAAACUCAGGCGAAAAAUGAGAACAAUUCAUCGAAUCAAGCCGCUCCGGCCGCUCUAGCUCCUCCGCCGGAGGCGGACGCGGUGAAGCCACCUCCGGCUGUUAUUCCGGUGGGGUGGACCGCCAAUGGCCUUCCGUUGAGAUACAGCGUGACGGGUGAGCCCGUCGCGGCUAGGGCGCAGUGGGAUUCCGGUCUAUGUGCUUGUCUGGGGAGGAAUGAUGAAUUCUGCAGCAGUGAUCUUGAAGUUUGUUUGUUAGGAAGUUUGGCCCCUUGUGUGCUCUAUGGAAGCAAUGUUGAGAGAAUUGGUUCUUCCCCGGGGGCUUUCGCCAAUCACUGCUUGCCUUACACUGGUUUAUACCUGAUUGGGAAUUCGUUUUUUGGUUGGAACUGCCUGGCUCCCUGGUUCUCUUAUCCUAGCCGUACUGCCAUUCGCCGCAAGUUCAAUUUGGAGGGGAGCUGCGAGGCGCUUACCAGAUCAUGUGGGUGCUGCGGGAGCUUUGUGGAAGAUGAUUUGCAACGCGAACAGUGUGAAUCUGCUUGUGACUUGGGAACUCACGUCUUCUGCCACCUAUGCGCCCUGUGUCAAGAAGCUCGUGAAGUUCGUCGUAGGCUUCCCCAUCCUGGGUUCAAUGCCCAACCCGUCUUGGUCAUGAUCCCUCCCGGAGAACAGACAAUGGGUCGCUAAGACACUAAGUGCAAGUAUUGCCCAUUCAGAGAUGGUUCUGCAUUACCUGAUUGUUGUUCUUCUAUUGCCAAUUAAGCCUGCACUGAGUAUACUUUCUUUGUCUGUUUAGAUCAUCAUUUAUAAAUAAGAUAUGUAACAUUUCAGUACCAUAUGUGUUAUACGUAUGAAUUACACAAAGUUGGAAUAAAGAUUGUUUCUGUCCA